CCCACAACGGAUCUCAAAGGUAAACAACAACAGAAAGUUUUAUGCUGGCAAAAAAAUUUCAGUGUUGUAGAAAUAAUCGACAUGGCAUAUUAUAACCAGCAGGGAUCUUACAAUCAACAACAAUAUCAACAAUGGCAACAACCAAGUCAAUGUUAUGGUUCCUAUGGUAACUACUAUCAGAAUAGUGUUUUCUCGGUACAAGCUUGGCAGGCUUUUCAGUUUCAAUCUCCGAGUGAUCUUCAUGUUGUAUUUACAGAUGUGAUGAACAGAAAUCCUGUAAAUGCUAGUAGAAAUGCUAUCCAGGCAGAAGACUUAACCAAUGUAUUAAAUAAUACUCCUAGUAUUAGAAAUUAUUUUAAAAUUAACUGGAGCCGAGAGUUGUGUAGUAUCAUGAUAGCGAUGUUAGAUAGAUCGAUGGAUGGUUUCAUGCAGUGGGAAGAAUUUACAGAACUGUUACAGUGUCUUGUAUCAUGGUUUAAUGUCUUUAGACAACAUGAUGCAAAUGGUUCAGGAUUUAUUGAAGCAUCAGAGUUGAUUAAAGUUAUUAAAAGUUUAUUUGGGUACCAGAUAAGUCCUCAUUGUUUGGAGACAAUAUUAAAAAGAUAUUCUCGAGUUAUUCCUGAUCGAGGUUGUCUUAUAGCCUUUGAUGAUUUUGUCUCUUUAUCAGUUAGACUACGAGCAUAUACAGAUGCCUUCAGAAAAAGAGAUGCCUUACAAAAUGGUCAGGAAACUGGUAGAGCAACAUUUGAAUAUGAUGAUUUUCUGAGGUGUGUCAUGUGUCUGUAGUCAACUUCUGAGGUGUGUCAUGUGUCUGUAGUCAACUUCUGUGGUGCGUCAUGUGUCUGUAAUGGACUUCAUCAUCAAAGUUUAAUGGUGAAAGUCAGGGAGAGGUUAUUAAAAAUGUACCAAUUAAAUGAAUACACAAAAAUUUAAUAAAUUUGACCAGCAACCACUGAACCGAAAUCUCACUACACCCACACAAUUUAUAUAUUUUUUUUUUAUUAUUUCUCAAAAUCAAAUAUUUUCUAGCUAAUUGAAGUUGACAUUUCAAACAUGUUGACACUGUACAUACCAAUCAGAAAACCCCCUAAAAAUCACAAACCUCCAAUGUUCCUAUUUGAUGUUUAAUUUUAUUAAGAUGCAUUAUGUAAGAGCUAUAUCUGCCUGUUGUGGUUCUUUUUCUGGCUUCAAAUGUUAUAUAAAUUACUACUUAGAUAUUUAUUCUUAUGACAGCCCAUAAUACACUCUCUAGGGCUGCUAAAACUGCCAUCUUUAAAUAACGAUUUUCGGUAAAAAUGUCCGACAAGAAAAUUUUUGAAAUCCCAUCACUGUUAAUAUGGAUAUCACUCGCACAGCCUGCUGAUUGAAGGACUGAAAAUCAACAUUUUGUAAUGGUACUUGACAAACUUCAAACAUUCAUGACUUCGCUCAGGAUAAAUUAAUUUGACUCAAAUUUUUAAUAUAUUCAUUCUUUAGUAACUAUUUUUAAACUACUAUAGCAAGAAAAGUUAGCUUUUUAUCUAAAUCUGACAUAAUGCAUUUUUAAUGUAAAUCUGUUUUAAUUAAUUACUUUUAAAAUUAUACCCUUUAUUUUAUAUAAUCUUGUGACCACUCUAGCAACAAUAGUUUAUGAUCUGAUUAGCUUGAAAUUUAUGUGCAUUUUCCAGAUUAGUCAUACAUCAUAGGCCUAGUUCUCGUUCUAGAUCCUUGCAAACACUCUAGCAACAAAGUUAUCCUUAAUUUAUAUUCUAUGUUUCGAUUGUUGUGUUGAAUAAUUUUAUCAAAUGUCAUAAUGUUCUGAUAAUGAUUCUAGACUUAUUACCCAUGAUUGUGUUGUCAUUCCUCGAAUGAUAUUUUUACAAUAUAAAGAUUUACAUAAAGAAUCACAAUUCAAUAACCUUUAUGAACUAACUGCACAUACAACUUAGUUGUCUGGCAAGCUAUCGUUCGAUUCAGUGCCAUUUGUCUAUGCAUCAGGAUUAUCAGAUUAAAUUAUUUGCCAAAUCUGAGAUAAAUUUGCAAAGCCAUUUAGUAGUUUUCCAGAAGUUUAACAAGUAUGCCAUUAUUUGGGAGAAUGCUAUUUUAAACAUGAUAUUUUAUUUUAAUGUCUCUUUAAUCUUGAAUUAAGCAAGGUUUCUAGAACAGAAGUAUGUUGACUAUCUUGGAGCUAUUGGACUUUAAGAAUAAACACUGUUGACUAUAUAUGUAUGUUUUCUAAUCUAACAUUGGCAAGUGCUAAUUUCAUCUAAAGUUAUACAAAUUUGUUUCCAGUUCCACCUAAAGUUAUACUAUACACAUAUUCGUUUCCAAUUCCUCCUAAAGUUAUACAAUUUCCAAUUCCAGCUAAAGUUAUACUAUACACAUAUUUGUUUCCAAUUCCACCUAAAGGUAUACAAUUUCUAAUUCCAGCUAAAGUUAUGCACAUUAUUUGUUUUUGCUCAGAAAUAGUUAUAUUAUAACAAUGAUUAUCAAGAAUGAUAUAGUUGACUCUUGUUUGCAUAUUUAUUAGAAGUUUUAUUAUAAGAAUCUGUGAUACGUUGUUUUAGUUUUAUAAAAUUUAAAUUAUUUUUAUUUCUAUAUGUAUUUAUUUAUAAUGUAAUUAAAUAUCUAUAAAAACUA